CGUGAGGAUGUCUACGCAUACGAAUAUGAAGACGGCCCAGGUCCCAAUUGCCAAGAUCUCGCCUUUGAUCUUACAUGUGGCCUCAAAAGCCCCUGGAACGAUAAAGUCAUUGGCUUGCUCCUUGCAGAAUUGCAGAGAAGGGGUGCGGAAGAGAGCUGGCCGUUCCGAAGGUCAGAGGCGUAUUUUAGGGAGGUUCUUCAACACCGCUACAAGCGCCUGCGUACAGUCUGGACAGCUGCACAACCCAAGGUUACAGCGAAGGGUGGAUUGGAGACUCCUGCAGAAGUGGAACAGAGGCUGAUAACGAAGAAGGAUGGGACAUUGAAAGCGACUCGUCAGACAACGCGUCGGAAAAAUGCCGACGAAAACGAGGAAGACCUCCCAGCUUGGAAGUGGCUUCAACAACUAGUCGGGACGUUAGGAGAAGGCGGCAUGAGUUCGGAGGAGAGUGACAUCGAAAACGAUAUCAAAACAGUUCUUCGUGUCAAGAACAUGACUUGGCGCCGAGCGAUCGAACGGGAAUUGGAUAUUAUCGAUCAACAAAGAAUCGUGGAUGUCGAUAUUUUU